AGCUCCCUGACUCCCACUCUCAGGAUUGGCAGCCUUCUCUCUCCGUACUCCACGACCGUCCUAGUGCUCAGAGGGACACAGGAUGCUACAGCCUUCCUUAAACAGAGGAACAGCACAUGAUUUCCACACCCUGAAGGCGCUGGCCGAUGCUUCGGCGUGCCCAGUGGACCGUCGGGUCUGUAUUUCGCCAUUCUUGCUGGCCAGGGUGGCUCUGGAACUGCCGGCUUUGAAAUGGAAUUUUGGCUGGAAGGGGUUGGGCCACACCGGCACAGACUGGAUGCGGGUGGUCACAGAAAGAUCCCACUACACCUCAUCUCUCCUCCUCCCAAUUCUGGCAUUCCGCCAGACCCGCCAGACCGGCCCUUCCCUGCGCCCACACAAGAGGAGCGGGGAAGAGCGAGCAAGGCCAGCAUCCCUGGCUAGUGGCCGCGCGAACUGGCCCCUAGCGCCCGUGUCCCGUCGGGACGCGCGCAUCCCGAACGGGCUGCCAAGGCCCACAAAGCCCGGGCCCCGCGCCCCAGCCGGGCGAGCACAGAGCGGGGCGGGGCGGGCCGCGCGGGCCGGGGGUGUCGGAUGUCACCCGCCGCGUACACCUCGGCCGGGAGGCGGGGAAGCGAACCAUUGAGAUGAGGAGACCUCCUCGGUCCUAGAGCGGUGCAGGAAGUGUCCCAGGGGAGGGAGCCGGAGGGCUCCGGCCUUUCCUUUCCGCGGCUGCCCGGCCUGCGCGGCCCGCCAACCGGGACGCUGCUCAGCGGCGUCUCCCUUCGCUCCCAAGCCCAGCUGAAGCUUUCUAGAUGAUCCCGAGACAGGGUUCGCCUGCCCAGGGACGGAGUCUGGCCCCUGCAGAGGAGCCGCCUCGGCCAAGACACCAGGGAGACCGGGCUGGAAGGUGAGAACCCGCAGCCCUGCAGUCCCAGGCUUCGAGGCGAAGAGCCAGCAAACCUGGAAGAGUUUUAAUUUCUGAAGAUCUCAAGAACAAAGACAGUGACUUUGGUGCCAAAGCUUCAAGAUUGUGGCUUGCUGGGGCUAUAUCCUCCAAGAAGACCUGUCCCCCAAAGAUUUCCUGCCUUCACUGCCACCUCUUAGGGGAACCUACAUGGAGUGAUGCUCAUGGGAAGAGCCAUCUUUCUUUCUGCCCCCAUGUGGCCGUCUUCUGCCGCUGACCCCCAUCAAAUCCCAUCAUGCCCACAGCCCUGUGCCCACGAGUCUUGGCUCCAAAGGAAAGUGAGGAGCCCAGGAAAAUGCGGAGUCCUCCUGGAGAGAACCCCAGCCCUCAGGGUGAGCCUCCCAGCCCAGAGUCCUCUCGCCGCCUCUUCCGCCGGUUCCGCUACCAGGAGGCGGCAGGCCCACGGGAGGCCCUGGAGCGCCUCUGGGAACUGUGCCGGGGCUGGCUGCGGCUCGAAAGGCACACGAAGGAGCAGAUCCUGGAGCUACUGGUGCUGGAGCAGUUCCUGGCCAUCCUGCCAUGGGAGAUCCAGAGUUGGGUGCGUGCCCAGGAGCCGGAGAGUGGAGAGCAGGCUGUGGCUGCAGUAGAGGCCCUGGAACGGGAGCCAGGGAGACCCUGGCAGUGGCUCAAGCACUGUGAAGACCCGGUCGUGAUUGACGAUGGCGAUGUGCCUGGGCCUCAGGACCUUGAGCAAGAGCGAGUGUCAGCGGAGUCCCAGAGCAACCCUGACGCCCAGCCUGUGGCCCUUGCACAGGGCCUAGGGCUUCUCAGCAGACUACCAGGCCAGCCCACUGAGGACCCAGCUCCGCAAGAUGGUUCCCUUGUUCAGGAGCAGAGUGUCAGGGACGCCCAGCCGGUGACCACCUGCCAGCUGCCCCCGAACCGAGUUUCUCCAUUUAAGGAUAUGAUCUUAUGCUUCUCAGAAGAGGACUGGUCUCUUCUGGACCCAGCGCAGACUGGUUUCUACGGAGAAUUCAUCAUUGGGGAAGACUACGGGGUCUCCAUGCCUCCAAACGACUCUGCAGCUCAGCCAGACCUCUCACCUGAAGAGAACGGGCCACGGGUCAUAGAGAUGCCAGCCCUUCAGGGUAAAGAUGCGCCCCAGGUGUCCUGCCUAGACCUUCCCAGUCUCCAGCCAUUCCAAGAAGAAGGAAGGAAAUGGGAGGAACUGCAGGUGCCAGAGCUCCAGUCCUGCCAGCAGGUGGCGCUCACUCAGAGCCCUUGUCCAGGAGGGGAUCCACCACCCCUAAAGAAUAGCCUGGACCAGGAGGUGACCAUUGAGAUCGUGCUGUCCAGUUCUGGGGAUGAGGACUCCCAACACAGCCCAUACUGCACAGAGGAGCUGAGGAGCCCUGCAGAAAAGCCCCAUAGUCUCUCGACCCACCGCAACAGCACGGAGGUUGGAGGCGAGGUGCAAACCUCACAAAAGUCUUAUGUGUGUCCGAACUGUGGGAAGAUCUUCCGCUGGAGGGUCAACUUUAUCCGCCACCUGCGCAGCCGCAGGGAGCAGAAGCCACACAAAUGCUCAGUGUGUGGAGAGUUAUUCAGUGACAGCGAGGACCUGGAUGGACACCUGGAGACCCAUGAGGCCCAGAAGCCCUACAGGUGCACUGUCUGCGGAAAGAGCUUCCGCCUCAACUCACACCUGCUCUCCCACCGACGGAUCCACUUGCAUCCAGACAAACAGCCACCAGUGAAGAAGAGCGAGGAGGAUGCCUUGGAAACGGAGGGCACAGGUACCCAAGCCCUGCUGGAGAAGAGCAAGGCUAAGCUGGCCUUCCAGUGUGGGAACUGUGGGAAGGGCUUCCAGCGACACGACUAUCUGGUGAGACACCGUAGCCACUGUCACCUGAAGAGUGAGGCUCGUCCCCUCCAAUGUCGGUACUGUGUCAAAACUUUCCGGCAGAAUUACGAUCUCCUCCGCCAUGAGCGCCUGCACAUGAAGCGCCGCUCCAAGCAGGCUCUGAACUCAUACUGAGCGGGACGUGGCCCUACAAACUAGUCCCUGCCUAGCACAAAGCCCGAACCACCUGCCCUUUGCUCUCAGGUAGUGUCCGACUUCUGGUGCCAUGCCUCUUCCUCCCCAGAUAAAAAGUAGCCACCUGAGCACUCCUUCUACUGUGCCAAAACCCAGGGAGGUGAGGCAACUCUGCAUCUUAGAGACCUUUAGUCACAUGCUCCAGCCCUCAGAGGGACUGAGCUGCCCCAUCCCAUGCCUUCUAGGGGUGAGGUAUGUGCAGUGGGGAGCUGGCCUAAAGCCCUGACCCUGGUCCUGUCCUCAGAAGUCAGUUUGAGGUCAUUGUGUCUAGGAGAGUGUCCCACAGAUGGCCAGGAGGGCCUUUGGGGUCUGGGGAUUGUCAUGAGACCUGAUUUAGCCAGGCCACUGACCAUACGGGGAUCAGGAGCUCACAUUUUAAAUGUGUGCACCUGUCCCAACAUGUCUUCAUUGUGCCCCAAAGAUCCUUCAUAAAUCUGUGAUGGGAACUGCCUGUCACCACCCUGAGUCCUGCAUUCUGUCAGCCCAUCAAGGCUCUGUUGGGCGAGCCAAACCCUGGGACAGAAGCUUCUGUGAAGCCGUGUCCUUCAGGGGUACCCAGUCCACGGCAGUCUCUUUAGUUCCCUGGCACUGUUGUGACUGUACUAAACCUGAGCUCUUCUAACAUCAGCAGGGGGCGUUGUCCCAGCUGUGAGGCUGCAAAGGCCGAGAGCUGGUGUCAGCAGGGUUGGUUCUCUGAGGCUGGGGCUGUCGUCACUAACCCUUGUCUGUAGCCCUGGGCUGCAUACUGCACAGAGAAGCUGAGGAGCCCUGCACAAACGUCUUUGCCUUUGUCUCCACUGUGUCGGUCUCCAAGCGUAACCUUUUGUACAGGAUCCCAGUUUUUGGGUUGGGGCGCUAACCCUGUCUGUUACAGCUGAACCCCACCUACAUCUGGAGUGGCCCGUUUCCAAAUAAAGUCACAUCUUGAGGUGCUAGGAAUAAGGACUUCAACCCUGGAGUUUGAGUGGACAUAGCCAAACCCCAGAUGAUCUCAUGGUGCUGUUAUCCUGCCUCAGAUGAACCGAUGUGGACUUGGGGUAGCUUGCUGGCCAUCCCUUUGAAUGCUGGGCUCAGUCCAUUGUCUGUUCUCAGAGCUGCUGCCAUCUGCAAGGAAGAAUCCUCAUCCAUGGCCUUUAAGUUCAGAGCCUGGGAUUCUGGGGGUAGUUGUUGGUAGGAAACCUCAAGCAAUUGAAAAUGUGGUCUUACUGUCCUGGCCCACUGGUGUUGACCUCAGUUUGGCUAUGACUGGACCCAAGAGCUGCAGCCAGGCUGGUUCUGUAGGCUGUACCAGCUCUCAACUGUCAGGAAGCCUGAGAAAAUGAAUUCACGGCCUCUGGUGCUCUAUGUCCUGAUUUUCACAUCAAGAAGCCUCUAUUCAGAUGCAAUCAGAGAAUUUUGAGACUUUCUUUUUCUGCUCAGUGCAUUGCCCAGAAAUAGUAAAUGCAAUAAAACCACCACACCUUGAACAAGAAAUAAACUGUCCUAGUUUCUAACUAGUUCUCUUCUA